AUGGAUGCCCAACUAGCCGAAGAAAUAAGGUUGCUAGAGCUGAAUAAAAUAGAAGAAUUUGGAGCCGAGGCUUAUGAGAAUGUCUUCUUGUACAGACAAAAGACAAAGAGGUGGCAAGAUAAACAUCUUUUGCCUCGACAUUUUCAUGAAGGUCAGCAAGUCCUUCUCUACAACGCAAGGUUUAGGCUGUUCCCAGGGAAGCUUAAAUCACAAUGGUCUGGUCCCUUCCAAGUGCAUGAAGUUUACCCCAAUGGAGCUGUGCACAUCAUGAAUCUCGACGAUGAAAUAGUUUUUAAGGUCAACGACUAG